AUGGUGGUGAUUGAGCAGGCCGACGAGGAGAAGUUCAAUCGUGGGAAGCUUCUCAACAUCGGAGCACUGUGGUGCUGCUCUCACUUUCGCGACACCGCGAAUGUCCAGAUUUGCCUACACGAUGUCGACACUGUACCCGCGCCAAUGCUGGUCCCCUUCUACUGCCACGGCCGUCCCGGCGAGUGCGUUCACCUGGGUUGGAUCAACCGUAAGUACGACUACCCGACCUUCUUUGGAGGUGUUUGCGCGAUGUCCCUCAGCGAUUUUCUCCUUGCUGGCGGCUUCCCGAACCACUUCUGGGGAUGGGGUCGCGAGGACGAUGUGCUCCACAGCCGGCUGUGCUGCCUCGCAAGGUGCCGGGUGCUGAUCCCAGAUGCAGAAGCAGGCAUGAGCUUCAUAGGUGACGCAGCAGGCGGCCCGACCCGUGCUGAGAGCGACAACCAUAUUACCAUGGCGCAUAUUCUGGGCCAGGACAAUAUCUUCGACAUCCCGGAGUUCUGUGUGGCUUCUACCCAGGAGCUUGCCGAACAGGCAACCUCAAUCUGCGUCAUGUUACACGGAAAACGCUGCGAGUACAAUGACUUGAUGGAGACAG